AUGGCAGACUAUGAGGUCGCGAACGUGCGGAAUCCAGGACAUGCAGCUACUUUGAAGUUCACCAUCGGUCUCUGUUUAUGCUAUACACUAUGUGUAGCAUGUCUGCGCGGGUUUAUUCGAUGGGGAGCCUAUGGUAUUGAUGAUCUCUUCGUGCUACUAUCGGGGAUAUUCGCGCUUAGUUUCUUCGGCAUCGUCUUUGCGUCCAUAUCUGCGGGACUUGGUCACUCGAUAAAUGACCUAGACCUCAAUUCUGCUACUAUCGAAAAACUCAAUGACUACACGAUAGCUAGCAACGUCCUUUGGAUCAUCUCGCUAUGCGUCUCAAAGGCCGCGAUCGUCGCCAUGCUCUUACCUCAGUACGAACUGGCAUGGAGCAUAACCGCCGCGAACCCCGAGUGUCCCCAGGCGGAGAGAAGACGGUAUGCCCUAACGGCUCUGGACGUCAUGACGGAGGCUCUUCUACUAUUUCUCCCCAUUCAACUGGUAUGGAACUUGCAGAUGACUUUCCGAACAAAAUUCAUCGUUGUAUCAGCAUUUUGGCUGCGAUUACCAACCCUCUUGUUCUCUGCUCUUCGCCAGAGGGAGAUACUCAGACUUGCUGCUUCGUCCGACAUCCCGCUUGCAGCUGCGAUGGUGGUCAUCUGGCAGGCCAUAGAACUCUCAUUCUCCCUCGCUGCAGCUACAAUCGCUGCGCUCAAGCGAUUCACGGAAUCUCUCAGCACCGGGUUCGGUCAUGGUGAGCUCAUGCGCGUACACGGGUCGUCUCAAGGAUACAAGUUGUCAGCCCGAAGUGCUACAUCGAGAAACACGAGGGAAUCACGGAACAAGCUACCUCGCUCGAAUGCGCACGACAUCUCUAUCGAUACAGUCUCGUCCCAGGAAGAAUCCAGUCUUGAACAACAUGUGACGCGAAUGAAGCUUAGGCCUGAAGCACUUCAGAACACAGCUGUAGUCUCAUCGCCUUCGAAAAACUUAGCCCUUCCCAGUAGGAAAAGAAAUAUGUCAGGAUCAGAGAACAACAUUAUUCGUCAAGAAGUACAGUACUCUGUUCAUUACGACUAG